UUCGCUAAAAGUUUCCUAUUCCAAUGUUGUUGUAUGUCAGAUUCGCGGGUUGAAGGUCGUUGCUGGUGGGGUAUUCGCGUACAUUCGCGGGUGACGCCAGGUGACGUGAGGCACAGAAAAUAUGGCUGCUGGUUUUAGUGGAACGAAGAAGCAAAAGCUGAACAAUUCCUCUGGCAUUCAAUGUGAUGGAUCAGCUGUGAUACAAAAUGGAACUAUACGAAAAUCUCUCAUUGUUCAUCCAGAAAUGGGCUUCUUCUGCUUCGACGUACUCUACUGCCAGCUGCACCAGCUCGAUCCACCAAAAUCACCCAAAUUUCGCAAUGAUGCAUUCCCUUUAUUUGUAACAUGGAAAAUUGGAAAAGACAAUCAACUUAGAGGUUGCUUAGGAACAUUUAAUGCAAUGCAAUUGCAUGCUGGUCUACGAGAAUAUGCGGCGAUUAGCGCUUUCAAGGAUCCUCGAUUUAAUCCUAUUUCUCGAGAUGAAUUACCCAGCUUGCAUGUAACCAUUUCAAUACUUCAUCAUUUCGAAGAUGCUAUGGAUUAUUUAGAUUGGGAAGUUGGUGUUCAUGGGAUUCGUAUCGAAUUUCAUGAUGAGAGAGGAAGUAAAAGAACUGCUACAUUUUUACCUGAUGUUGCUAAAGAACAUGGAUGGGACCAGACUCAGACAAUAGAUUUCCUGUUUCAUAAAGGAGGCUUUAAAGGUUCUGUAACGCAGCAAAUGAGAAAAAAUGCCAAAGUGACACGUUAUCAAAGUGAAAGAGUUUCAGUGAGUUAUCAAGAGUAUAUGCAUCAUUCGCAUAGUUCAUUACAAUAAUUAUGUUUUAAUUAAUCCUCAAUUAUUGUUCAAUGCAACACACAAUUGUGUUGUUUUCAUACCAAUAUUCAUUAUCAUCAUAAUAAUCUCGUUAUGAUACCACCGAAUUAUACAUCUUUUAUCCAACCACUUCCUUUGCCCACAUCGGAAUACUCUCCUUUUUUGUGGGAUCGUCCAGGACCCUCAUAUCUUCAUCUCCAUUCUAGAGUUAAUUGACUCGUGAAAAAAAAAUUGUGUCUGUAUGAAAAUAUUGUAAAUAGAAAGUAUACAUUUUCUAAAAAUUUGCUUUUUACCAUUGCUACAUCGAAGUAACAUUAACUGAACAUAGUUGCACUUCAGUCCAGUUUCUUUUGAGUUUUGUAAAAAAAAAAAAGAAAAGACAGUACCUAGCAUUUAAAAAUUGUUGCUCAAAGUGCAAAUAUUUAUAUAAAUAGGCUAAAAUGAUUUAAGACAAGGUAGAAAGAGAAUUUUUCUUUAUUUUUCCAAAAACAAAAUGUAUGUAAACAUUUUUUUAACUCCUCAAAUUGAACUAUAAAUUAAAUUGAUAAAAAUUAAUUAUAAUUAAAUAAUAGUAAUUAACUAAUUUAGUUAUUAAUUUAAUUUAAAAAAAAUUUAGAUCCCAUUUUUGCGAAUUUAGGGAACAAAGAAAGCCCUUGUCUUAAAUCACUGGAUUGUUGUACACUAUGAUUAAAAACACUUAAUAUCCGUCGAUUGUUGUUUCAAAUUCAAAUUUUUUCUGAUAUCCCAUAAAAACAAAACCUCUUGUUAAAUUCAUGUUCGAUAAGAUGCAAAUGUGUACUUCGUAUUAGAUGAUAUUGUCACAAAGUUAUUUGAUUUAAAAAAGGGAUAUAAUCUCCUUUUUCAAAUUCCCUGUAAAACAAUUGAUUUAAUUCACUGCCAAUUUAUCCAUUAUUGUAUCUUGUGCUUCUUAUGAUCAACAAUUAUUGUAUUUUUGUUUAUACAUAUAUAUAAAAAAUUGUUUACACUCAUUAUUCUAAUGUUCAUAUGUUUAGACAAAAAAAAAAUGGGGUGAAAAAUUAAGGAUUUAAAUUUUAAUUAAUGAAAGUUUUUUUUAAUAUUACAGUUUAAUAAUUAAGAUUAAAUGAAAUGUUCUUUUUUUGAAAAUAUAGAUACAUGCUUGGAUAAAUUAUGUCUUUAUCAUAUUGAUAGACUUAAUCGGCUAUAAGAAUAUUCUUAAGAUUAUUUUAUUUAAUAAUCUAGAUGUUCUAGCAAAAAAAACAUAUAUAGUAUAUAUAAUGUUAUUGAUCUCAGACUUCGCAAAUUUUUUCCAAAAUAUGCUAUAUGUUUAUAAAUAGUCUUGUGAUUGUGUAGUGUUAAUCGGAAGCUUUUGUAUAUUUUGAAAAAAAAAUUGAUUUUUGUUUUCUUCAAAUUAUUAUUGGCUUUACAGCAGUUUAUAACUUCAAAAAUAUUGAUUUAAUGACAAAAUAUUUAUGAAGUCAAUAGAAAUUUUAGGUAUGUAUUUAUAUAUGUUGAAGUUAGAUAUGUUUCUCUGCCUGGAAGAAAAAUGUUUAAUCGAACAAAUAGUGCCUGCAAACGUGAUUUCAAUUACAUUAACUAUUGAAAUUUACCAAGUUUGGCAUAAAACUUAUAUUAAAAUUGAUAAAUAUCAUCAAUUUGUAUAAUAUUGCGGGAAUUGAGGAAUAAAAGUGAUGUUUAUAUUGCAA